AGAGGGAGAGAGUGAGUUUAUAUGUGUGUGAGUGUGCGGUUUACAUUAGCAAGUGGAGGGAGACAACAUUUGCUCCUUUUCUUUUUUCUCUCUCUCUCAUCCCCUUAAAUCUAUCACUGUCAACACAGCUACCCUCAUCCGGAAAAUAACCAAAAGACGAGGCAAAGGCAGAGGAGGAAAAGAGGAGCAGGCUGAUAAAGAAGGGGAGUGCCAUAGCAGCAGUCAGCACCAUACACAACGCAUGCGGCUGACUGAUGUCUAUCCUGCAUCCCAGCACUGGGAGCUAACCAACCAGCUUUAUAUCCUUAAAGAGCAGGACAGACAGCAGGCUACAUCAUCACAAAACCUGCCCUGAUCCAGGAGAAGGCCUGCAUUUCUGAGGAGGUUAUUAAGGGAGGUUGAGCAUUCCCAGGAUGACCCAGGCUCACAGGCCCCUUUUACAGAGCUGCUGCUAUCUGACCUCCUCCCAGACUGGGCCUCUGGUUCCUGGCCCUGCUCCCUGGCUGUGAAGGAUGGGUGAUGGGCCUGUGAUUGACACCCUCUGUCUACCUUGUCCCGCCAUCCGAUGGAGCCGUUGUGGAACUCCUCCCUCCCCUUCUCACAGCCCAUGCCCAACACCUCAGCCUCUGAGUCACCUGAGAGCGGGGCUUUGUCCCAGUCACUAGCACUGCUCGCCAUGCUGCUCAUGGACCUGCUGGCCGUGGUGGGCAACGGGGCCGUAAUGGCUGUGAUCGCCAAGGCCCCACAGCUCCGUAAGUUUGCCUUUGUCUUCCACCUGUGCCUGGUGGACCUACUGGCAGCCCUGGUGCUGAUGCCCCUGGGCAUGCUCUCAGGCAGGGCCUUCUUUGGRGAAGCCCUGUGCCGGAGCUACCUCUUCCUCAGUGUGUGCCUGGUCACCGCCGCCAUCCUCUCCAUCUCAGCCAUCAACGUGGAGCGCUACUACUACAUCAUCCACCCCAUGCGCUACGAGGUGAAGAUGACCCUGGGCCUGGUGGCCUCAGUCCUGGUGGGGAUAUGGGUCAAAGCCCUGGCCAUGUCCGCCCUGCCGCUGCUGGCCUGGGCCUUACAGGGCGGGAGGACUCCUUUUCUGGAGGGUGUUGGAGUUGGGGGAGGGGGUGAGGGUGUCCCCUCACCCCCAGCUCAGAGUCACAGGCGCUGCUCCUUGCACUGGACGGGGGGUGGGUCGAACCGCAUGGCCUUCAUGGUCCUGUUCACAUUGGUGUACUUUCUGUGCCCGCUGCUGGUCAUCCUGGUGGUGUACUGCAGCAUGUUCAAGGUGGCGCGUGUUGCGGCAAUGCAUCAUGGGCCUCUGCCCACCUGGAUGGACACGCCCCGCCGCCGGCGCUCCGAGUCGCUCAGCAGCCGCUCCACCAUGGUGACCAGCUCAGGAACGGGCACGGGGACAGGGUUGGGGCGCGACACCCCUCACCGCACAUUCGGAGGGGGCAAGGCGGCAGCAGUUUUAGCAGCAGUGGGAGGACAGUUCCUGUGCUGCUGGUUGCCCUACUUCUCCUUCCAUCUGUACUCAGCUCUGGCCUCUAGCCCUCCAGCCACGCUGGCCCCCCUGGAGGAGGUGGUCACCUGGAUCGGCUACUUCUGCUUCACCUCCAACCCUUUCUUCUACGGUUGUCUGAACCGGCAGAUCCGCGAGGAGCUUGGCAAGCAUGUGCCUUGCCUGUUCCGCCGGGCAACAGAAGAGGAGGACCGACUGCCCAGCCGUGAGGGAUCCAUAGAGGAGAAUUUCCUGCAGUUCCUCCAGGGCACUGGCUGCAACCUGGAUCCCCAGGACUCCCACAGCACCUCCAGCCCCAAGGGAGAGGCCUGCCGGCCCCUGGCCCAGCCCCCUCAACCCAUUCCCAUCGACUUCCGCAUCCCAGGACAGAUUGCAGAGGAGACCUCAGAAUUCCUUGAGCAUCACCAGAUUAAAAACAACCAUAUCCUAUCAGACAGUUAGGUUUUGUAUUUAUUUGAUGUAAAAACCAACACAAAAAGUUACUAGGAUAACAAUUACCACAGUAACAUAACCACACUCUGGUUUACGUCACAGAGUAUUACUAUUACAUUACAUUUAAGUCAUUUAGCAGACGCUCUUAUCCAG